GGACAACAACUUUAUCAAGGACUUUCCGCAGCUAGCCGACGGUCUCAUGGUCAUCCCCUUGCCAGUCGAGGAACAAUGUCGGGGGGUGUUGUCCGAGCCCCUGCCCAACAUGCAGCUCCUCACAGUCCUUCUUGACCUGGUAGGCUUUUCUAAGGUUCUGAAGACACUGUCAGCUGAGAGCACACGCGAGGAGCUGCUGGCUUUUCUCCAUCAAUAUGGCAGCCACUACGUGUCUGAGGCGCUGUACGGCUCUGAGCUCGGUUGCAGCAUCUACUUUCCCAGCAAGAAGGCCCAGCAGCAACUCUGGCUGCAGUACCAGAAAGAGGCAACAGACCAAGGGGUUAGUGGCGGUGGGCGGCGUGAGCUGAAGUCGGUCCCCUUCAUCAGCUACCUGUCGGCAAUGCAGAAGAGCCAGCUGUUGUCUGACGACAUGGUGAGUGGCGUGGAGAUCCGCUGCGAGGAGAAGGGCAGCUGUCCAGCUGGCUGCCACCUGUGCCAUCACCAGGCCGUGGUGGGAGGACUUUCAGGGAGAGGCCGCACCGGUAACAGCAGGAGUGGAGAGCCGCCUUCCCCCAUCCCUGUGCUGCUGGAAGUCAGCCGCGUGGUGCCCCUCUACAGCCUGGUCCAAGACAACGUCACCAAAGAGGCCUUCAAGAGUGCCACAAUGAGCUCAUACUGGUGUGCUGGAAAGGGCGAUGUCAUUGAUAACUGGUGUCGCUGUGACCUGAGUGCCUUCAGCAAAGAUGGCCUGCCUAACUGCAGUCCCCUCAGGCAGCCAAUUUUGCGCCUAGCCCCUUACCUGGAGCCCUCAAGCACAAUGGUGGCCGUGGAGUGGAUGGACGUGGAGCCUCUGAUUGGCUGCAAAGUCUCUGACUACAUCAUCCAGCAUAAACGAGUGGAGGAUCCCUCAGAGGCAGAGGUCUACACAGGUGAAGUUAUAAGCUUGGUGGAUGAUCUGUUCUCUGGUCUGGGUUCAUCCUGUGUUGUUGCCGGGAAAAGGACUGGAGACCAUCCUCACUCUGUGCUGUAUUCAGUUGUCUUCAAGUGCCUGGAACCCGACAGUCUCUACAAAUUUACUCUUCAUGCAAUGGAUAGCCGAGGCAGCCACUCUGACUCAAGCUUCGUGUCAGUACGGACAUCUUGUCCAAUGGUGGAUGACAGUCGAGCCGAAGAGAUAGCGGACAAGGUCUACAACUUGUAUAACGGCUACACAAGUGGCAAGGAGCAGCAGAUGGCCUACAACACAUUGAUGGAGGUUCCUCCUCCACUGUUAUACAGAGUCCAGCAUCACUACAAUUCCCACUACGAAAAGUUUGGAGACUUUGUCUGGCGAAGUGAAGAUGAGCUGGGCCCCAGAAAAGCCAACCUGAUACUACAUAGGGUGGAGAAGAUUAGCAACUACUGCCGGUCCCUCCUGCGCAGCACCAACAUCCGGAGCCGCACAGACACCAUGGCGUAUGUCUACUGCAGGAGUGAAGAGGGGCGACCUCCCAGUAACACGUGGCAUGGCUCUUUACAUGAAAGUCGCACUUCAUGCAUGGAAAAGUUAAUAUCUGUGCAGCGUAACACAUACAGCAACACCAAACUCCGAUGAGACAGGAGUUUGGAGAAGGCGGCGGUGCAUCUUUGUCUGUUUGUUGCUUCAAAAUGACGUCAAAAAUUGAUGCAACUCGUCACCCAGUCUGCAGCAGUGGUCUCUCACGGGACUGAUGGAUUUUCCAAAACCAUGAUAGCCCAAAAAAAAAACUCAGAAUUCACUGGACAUUGUGUUAAAGCUACACAAAAAAACAUUUUUGUGUGGCCUACUUUUAAUAGAAGACUGAGGAUAAAAAAAGAACUGGAGGGAAAAUAUUUCUGCAAAAUGGCAGUGAUCGCACAUAUCAAUGAGAAAGUUGUAGUCUGAACAUGUAAAAUAGAAUUCAGCCAAGAGAAAAACUGGUUGGCUUAAAUACUUUGAAUGUAAUAUUGUAGUUCCUUUUUGGUGCUUUGAAGCUUUCUUGGAACACUUAAAAGAGAGAAAAAAGUUUAAAAAUAUAUAUUAGCAUAACUUAUUUGCCUUUACUGUCCUAAUUUGAAAGGAGAAACCGAAAUGUGUUAAAGCCAUUUAAAAAUCACUUUCUUAUUUUCUAGUUCCCAUUAAGUAAAAAAAAAGUAAAGCUUUUUUUUAUGAACGUGAAAUAAGUAAGUGAAAAACUAUGUACUAAGUCUUGUAUUACUUUUGAUAGAUUCAAUUG